AUUGUGGAGCCGCUGACAUCAUACAUGGAGCUGUUGGGAUCCACCCAGAUAGCCACGUACACACGGCCCAAGACCAGCCACUUCCUGCCGGCCAUCUCCACCAUGGCAUCCAGCUACCGGAGCCACCAGCCCCUUUCCACGUCCAACCCCAACGCCAACAUGCCCUGGAGGACCGACACCUACUACAGAGCCGGCAGCGGCAUCCCUCCCUCUCUCUCCUCCAUCCCCCGGGACGCGCUGGACCUCGUCCGAGCCAAGACCACGCUCUUCCCGUCCAACCGGGCCGCGCUGAGCGCCCGCUACAUGCCCGACGACUGGCACAAGUCCAACCAGAGCCACUACCGGGAGUCCGAGUCGUCGCGGAACAGCGCCGAGCGGCUGCGCCGAGACACGGUGCGCUUGAUGCAGGACAAGGACCACCUGACCCGCCGCUCGCAGGAGACCACCAGCCGCAACCUGGGCGAGCGGCUCAACGACAUCAGCUUCUGGCGCUCGGAGCUCAGCCACGAGGUCAACAACAUGGUGACGGAGAUCGCGGCGCUGACCGAGGUCAAGCGUAGGCUGGAAAGGGCCCUGGCCGAGACCGAGUCCCCCCUACAGGUGGCCCAGGAGUGCCUGUAUCACAGAGAGAAGAGGAUGUCCAUCGAUCUGGUCCAUGAUGAUGUGGAGAAAGACCUGAUAAAGGAGGUGGAAGUCAUCAAGUCAUGCCAGGAGAGAAUGAGGAGACAUCUAGACAGAGCAGUGGCUCAGCUAGCCUCCAACCGGGCCGCCCAGCACGAGCUGGAGAGAGACGUCAACGACAAGGUGACAGCCCAGCGCAUCGACGACAGGUGCCACCACCUCAGGAACACAUCUGACGGCAUCAGCUAUUACAGGGGCAUCGACCGCCUCGACCCGUCACUUUCUCUGCCUGAUACUUGGUCAAAGUUCACGGACGACAACAUCCUGCACUCGCAAAGUGAGCGCGCCGCCUCCCACAAGCUCAGGGACGACAUCGAGGUCCUGUUGAACACCACAUCCAACGAGAUGUGGAAGCAGUUCAACGCGGUCAACAUGGCGUUCACCUCACGCCUAUCAGAGACUGCCGAUGCCAAGAACAGCCUUCAAACUCACCUAGCUAAGACCCUGCAGGAGAUCUUCCAGACGGAGACGCUGAUUGAGUCCCUGAAGAGGGCCAUCAGAGACAAGGAGGCCCCGCUGAAGGUGGCCCAGACACGGCUGGAGGAGAGGACCCGCAGGCCCAACGUGGAGCUCUGCAGGGACUACCCACACCACAGGUUAGUGAGUGAGGUGCGUGAGAUCGAGGACACCAUCCACUGCCUGCGUGAGCGGCUGAUGGAGGCCGAGGGCACGCUGCAGACGCUGGUCAAAGCCAAGGUGUCGCUGGAGCACGACCUGUCCAUCAAGGCCAACUCGCUGUUCCUGGAUCAGGAGAAGUGCAUGAGCAUGCGCAAAACCUUCCCCAGCACCCCGCGCCUGGUGGGCUACUCCUAAAGGUCACGGAUCACAUUGGAAAUUAUGAAGCGGUAGCGGUGAAGUGCAACGUAACACUCAGACCAUAGUAAUUCUAAAGAGGUUCUAUCUCGUUCCUAAGUUCCACAAACGGUCUACGUUCUGUUACCUAAACUGACAAACGAUGAGCCUUGUGUUACGCUUUGAAAGCUGAGUCAAGUUCAACAUUCAAAUAGUUUGAUGCUAGUGCAACGUUGGUGCUCCAACUGUUCUGCUGCCGACCAUAGUGAACAAUAGAAAAUCUGCCGCUUGCCGCUGGUCAGUGUGAUCCCUGCUUAAAGGUGGAGAUACACCAGGGAAACUUGAGCUAUGAGCAAUGUUGCUGGACAGAGUAAUAUUAUUCCAGCACUCUCCCAUUUUGUUGUUAUCCAUUAAAAGUUCAAUCAUCAGUGGGUAGCUUGUUGCAAUUGGAAUCAGUCAUGUGAUUUCCCAACAACAUUGCUCAAAAGGUCCCAUGUGUAAUUUCCUGAGCUGUUCAACAAGGGGUGGACGAUCUGGGUGAAUGGGUGUAGAGGACAUAAUCAAAGCAAUAUAUGUAAUUGGUAUUGCUCUUUCACCCAGGGGCGCGUUUCCCAAAACCAUAGUUGCUAACUAAGUUAGCAACUUUGUUGGUUGCAAUGCAAUUUCCCAUUGCCAACCAACUAAGUUGCUAUGGUUUUUGGGAAACACACCCCUGAACAGUAAAAUGAUAGAAUAACCUUUUGGAAUGAGUGUAUUUUGAAAAGGUUCCAUAGAGGGGAAUUGGCUUCAUAAAGACCUAUUGAAUUGUGUUGAUGAUGGAGGUUUGUGGACUGGGGGGUUUGGCUUCACCAUAUCUGGAUAAAAAAUACCAGAUUUCAUACUUAUAGUAUCAACAUAGUGAUGCAAUUGCCUGGCACCUAUUAUGGGCAUUGGACUGUUAUGGGCUCUUUGGACUGUUCUAGAAUAAAUAUGGUGGGACGUGGAACAAGGUUCUCAUUAGGCCGUUCCCUGCCUGUAACAUCUCCACAUUCAUCCAGGUGUGUGCAUGUGUGUGUGUGUGACGGGGAUGAUGACAAAGAACAAGGAGACACGUGGGAAGAAGUGUGCUUAAGCAUUAACCUAAACAUUUGCACAGUUAUGGAAAUGACUGAACAAAAGUAACCUCUAAAUGUGUACGUCAAAGUUUAGAGAUUACAAGUUGUACAAUUUUUGGUGCUUACAACAAUAAAACUGGUGCUUUGGCUGCUUGAACACUGUAA